GCCAAGAAUCUCAUUAUGUUUCUAGGAGAUGGGAUGGGUGUGACCACAAUUACUGCAGCCCGUAUAUACCAAGGACAACUAGCAGGACAGCCUGGAGAAGAGAAUGUACUAGAGAUGGAAAAGUUUCCACAUAUAGCUCUCUCAAAGGUAUACAAUGUAGAUGCACAGGUCCCUGACAGUGCGGGUACAGGUACAGCCUAUUUGUGUGGUGUAAAAGCCAAUUCUGGGACCCUGGGUGUGAGCGCAGCUGCAACAUAUGAAGUUUGUACAAGUGCCAAUGGCAAUGAAGUGGAAUCCAUACUUCACAGAGCUAAAUUAGCAGGUAAAUCUGUAGGUAUUGUGACAACAACCCGCGUCCAACAUGCCUCUCCAGCGGCUGCUUAUGCACAUAGUGCCAGUCGGAAUUGGUACUCUGACAGUGAGAUGACCACAACCAUGAUUAACAAUGGCUGCAAGGACAUCGCAUACCAGCUGGUGCACAACACAGACAUUGAUGUAAUUCUGGGAGGAGGCCGAGUCUACAUGAGUCCAAAGGGGACACCUGAUCCAGAAUACCCAACCAGCACAUCAAACCAGGCUGUUAGAAGAGAUGGUCUCAACUUAAUUAAUCUGUGGUUAAACAAGAGACAGGGAUCCAAGUAUGUGUGGAAUAAAAAAGACUUUGAUGCAGUGAAUGAAAAUUCAACUGAUUAUCUUAUGGGUCUUUUUGAGCCCAAAGACAUGAAGUAUGAACUGAGUCGUGAUCCUUCUGCGGACCCUUCCCUUGCCGAGAUGACAGAGAAGGCCAUCAAGAUCCUGAGCAAAAAUCCCAAUGGCUUCUUUCUGUUUGUAGAAGGAGGUAGAAUUGACCAUGGACAUCAUGAUGGGAAUGCUAAGAAUUCACUGACAGAAGCUGUUGAGUUUGACAAAGCCAUCCGUAUGGGUGGACAAUUGACAUCCGAUUCUGACACACUGACUGUUGUGACUGCUGACCACUCUCACGUCUUCACGUUUGGCGGCUACACAGACCGUGGCAACAGUAUCUUGGGUUUGGCACCAAAUAAAGCCAGUGAUAUUAAACCUUUCACUAGCCUUUUGUAUGGGAAUGGACUUGGAUUUAAGCUCUCUAGCGGUGUACGGGAGGACAUCACCAAUACUGAUACAGAAGCCAAUAAUUACAGACAGCAGGCUGCUGUGCCGCUAGUGUCAGAGACACAUGGAGGAGAGGAUGUAGCGAUCAUGGCUAAAGGCCCAUUUGCCCAUCUUUUUCAUGGCAUCCAUGAACAGAGUUACAUUGCCCAUGUUAUGGCCUUCGCAGCCUGCCUGGAACCCUAUACAGAUUGUGAAACAUUAAGGGCACAAUUAACCCCUGAAUAG